AGUCCCAUCCCAGGCUGCAUGCCGGAGACCGCAAUUCCUGCCCCCGCGAGCCAGACCUGUGACGAGUGGAGUCUUCUUGACGAUCUCUUCGUUCCUGAAGCCGACAUCGACUUGGAGCUGUACCAAGACGACUCAGAGUUCGCCGGUGCCUUGUCGACUCAGCCUCCUAUCCCGACUCCAAGCGUCCCGAGUCAUGCAGGCCGGCACCACUCUUCCUACGCCCGCAUUAAGACGGAGUACACCUCAAGCUAUCCGAGGUACCAAUCAGCAGACUAUCCGCCGUACCAAGCCUGCCACGGCUUCUUUCCUCACGGUGUCACCGAGCGGGAUCUGGCGUUCCUCCCUUACAUCUCAUCCGACUCCGACGUCUCCGGCGUGACCAGGCUCAGCAUCAAGUCCGAGUACACCACCACAACAUCCGCCGAGUACUCCUCCGAGUUCGACUACCGACUCCCGCAUCCCUGGGCCCGCGCCCCGUCAUCGGAGACAACUGUCAGCUACAGCAGCACCGUGCACCAGCCGGCUGAGCACCGCCUGGGUUCCAUAGUCGCUUUAGCCAUCCGAGGAAGUCUGAGCCUGGACUUUGACGAGUCGGCUCUGCAGGCCAUCGAACGGUCAGUCAGACUUCUUGAUCGCCAGAGACCUGAUGAUCACAUGUGCGCCUGAUUGGACUUUAAGUGAAUUGCGCUAUAUUUGAUAGUUUUUCAAGAUCUUUAUUACAGAACUAUGAAGAGAACCUCCACGUGAAUAUUCUGACUCUGUAAUGCUGCUUUACGAUUCCUUUAUUUACAGCAUCUUAUUAUAAUCUACAAAUCUUUCUUUCAACUUGGUGUUAAUGUAGGUUUAUGCAGGAAUGUCGACAUCUGUGCACUAAAUGUAGGCUUGACAAAUGUUUGAGCAGAAUGUGUGACAGGGAACUCAGCAGAAAGUAUCCAUACUACAAUCACCGUAACAAUUCUUUAAAUUUUGCUCGUGGAUUUUUGCCUAUACGAUCAUUAAUGUUUCCGAGACACAUGUUUGAUGUUUAUUUUUAGAUUGGAUAUUCAUAUCGUGUGUUGUGAAUAAAACCAAUCUAGUAUUUCAGUUUGCCUAUGUGUUAUUCAGUUUUGGUGCCUUUAACAGUGUACCUUCGUUUUUCAGUAGAUGUACACGCAAUUAAUUAAAGACAGUCAAACAUAUGGGCGCUACAAAGAAACAAACUUAAGAUUAGGAAGGUACAGUUUCUAUAACAUCUCAGUUAAAAGAAGUUACAGUAUUAUUAAAAAUAAUCCGUAAAUCUGAGAAACUGUCGUAACAAUGGUGAUUCUAUGUACAUGUAUGGGGCAAAUUGAAGUUAAUACCUUCUCCCUGAAACAUAUACAAAUGUACAAUGUUUCAAUUACAAUGUUUCAAGUUAACAGAACAUCAAUUGAAUAACUGGCGUCUGAGAAGAAACUACAAAAAAAGGAGACUCUCCACCUUUUGAGUGAUUUACUAAAGCCCUGAGUCUCUAGAUAAAUUCUGUUCAUUGUCCAACGUUAGCUAGCUAUCUACGUAUCCAUGAAACUGAAAGUUUUCAUUCCUAUUCCAAGCCGUUAAUUAAGCAACUCCAGCUGGGUGUCCAACUACACGUGCGUAUCAAGUCAAACGUAUAUGCAGUCGGCACCAUCAGUGGAUGGUAGGGCGCUAAUUUGGGAAUCACAUUGUCUACGGUUCACUGUUCCUUCAAAAUAAUGAAAACUGCGCUUACAACCUCGGAAUUACAUGCUUACUCAUCGAAAUCUCUCAGUCACCAUCGGAAAUUGUUUCGUUUGCAAGUAUCCGUUUGAAUAUCAUCUGGGAGGUAUGACAGGCCUAGGUAAGUUUCCAAAAGGUUAAUCUGUUCUGUAAAGUGUACAUGACAUGUUUUUUGGUGGCAGAAAUACCCACGUCCUCAAAAUUGAACAGAACGGCCCUGGGGAAAAAGUCAAUCGUGCUUAUGCCAAGCAAAUGAGAUAUUCUUUCAGGGAAAUAACUUAAUCUACAUGUGCCAGAUGGACAUAGCCAAUCAGGUGGGUCCUGAUAUUUCACGUCACAGAGAUUUAAAUUUUUCCGCUGAGUCUGUGUGGCGUCCUCAUUCAAAAUCGAGACAAUAAGCCAUUUGCGCGUUAAAUUUGAAUAAAAUCUGGUACACUGAGUUAUCUGAUUGCACAUAGCCUAAACAUAACAAUUUGAAUUCUCCAGACUAAAGACACUGUUGCUAUACCUCGUGCUUUUCGGAGCGUGCUUUUGCUUGGCGACUACUAUCACUGGAAUGGACUGGUUCCUUUGUGCCCUUCUUUUCCAUUGAGAACAGUGCAUUGUUGCAAGACGUCUC